AUGAUCGUUGUUGGGCUUUUCAAAGAUUCUCUCGCUCUGACCAAAACAGCCUCCUUUUGUUUACAUUCAAGCCCGGAAAAUUUACAACACGCCCCCCUACUUUUGAAUCAUGCCCAAGAACCCAACUCCUUCUUGUGGAAUUCUGUUAUUAGAGGUUAUGAGCAGAGAUCUGACCCUUGGGAAGCCAUACAUGUGUACUGCAGGAUGUCGAAAAAUGGGGUCUUGCCUGACAAAUUCACAUUCCCUUUCGUGCUGAAAGCGUGUGCUAACGUGGCCGCGAUUACUGAAGGGGAGCAAAUCCACGGUCGGAUUUUGAAGAGCCCAUACCAGGUGGACGUGUUUGUGGAGUGUUCUGUCAUUUAUAUGUAUGCAAAAUGUCAGAGAAUCGAUGCUGCGCGGGCUUCGUUCGAUUCGGUGCCAUAUAAGAACGUCUUCUGUUGGAAUAAUAUGAUCGAUGGAUAUGUGAAAGAUGCGAAUGUUGAAGCUGCCUGCCAGCUGUUUGAUCGAAUGCCAGGUCGGGAUUUGUUCUCUUGGAAUGUCAUGAUUGAUGGGCUUUCAAAAUGUGGGCGGGUUGAUGAUGCACGGACGUUGUUUGACGCAAUGCCUGCUAGGGAUGUCGUGUCGUGGAAUAGUAUGAUUUGUGGGUACACUAAAUGUGGGAAUGUGAGAGUGGUGAGGGAGUUAUUUGAUGAGAUGUCACUGAGGGAUGCAGUUACCUGGACUACAAUGAUUGAUGCGUACGUAAAGCAUGGCAAUAUGGGAAUUGCUCAUUGCUUGUUCGAGAAAAUGCCUCAUAAGAGCUUGAUCACUUGGAACUCUAUGAUCGAUGGAUAUGCCAAGUGCGGCGAUAUUAAAGCUGCGCUCAUGCUGUUUGAGCUGAUGCCCCAGAAGAACAUGACCUCGUGGAAUGUUAUGCUUUAUGCUUAUGUUAAAUGUGGGAGAAUAGAAGAUGCACGCGAAUGGUUUGAUGAAAUGCAAUUUCGGGAUAUGUUCUCUUGGAAUAUUCUGAUUGAUGGGUACGUUAGACUUGGGUGCAUGAAAGAUGCGCAGGAGUUGUUUGAAGCUAUGCCCUAUAGGGAUGUCAUCACUUGGAAUGUGAUGAUUGCUGGCUACAAUCAGAAUGGCUAUUCUAAGGAAGCCAUUAAUCUCUUUCACCGCAUGCAGAUGGUUGGAGAGAAUCCUGAUGCCUCUACUCUGGCAAUUGUUCUUUCUGCAAUAGCCGACUUGGGCCUUUUUGUUCAAGGUAGAUGGAUUCAUACCUACAUCAAUAGGAACAAUUUUUCUUUGGACAGCACGAUUGGAGUUGCCCUCAUAGACAUGUACUCCAAGUGCGGACAUGUGGAUAUUGCUCUUGGAGUCUUCAAUGGCAUCACUCAUAAAACCAUAGAUCAUUGGAAUUCAAUGAUAUCUGGGCUUGCAUUGCAUGGAUGUGCUGAGCAAGCUCUUUGCUUGUUUGAGGAAAUGCAACGCCUGGUGAUAGAACCUGAUGAUAUAACUUUCAUAGGUGUUUUAAGUGCGUGUAGUCAUGCAGGUUUAGUAUGUGAGGGUCGCCGUUGCUUCAAGCUUAUGAGGCUUAAAUAUAGGAUAACACCCAAGAUUCAGCACUAUGGUUGUAUGGUUGACCUUCUCAGCCGUGCGGGCCAUUUGGAAGAGGCAAAAGAACUAGUGUUGGACAUGCCCAUGAGACCAAAUGAUGUUAUUUGGAGGGCCCUCCUUAGUGCGUCUAGAAACCAUGGCAACAUCGAGAUUGGGGAGCAGGCAGCAAAACACCUAAUUGAUUUGGAGCCCCACGACACAAGCUCUUACGUGCUUUUGUCUAACAUAUAUGGUGCAACAGAGAGAUGGGAGAGUGCUAUGGAGAUGAGGGAGAUGAUGAAAGGCAAGGGCAUAGUGAAGAUUCCUGGGUGUAGUUCGAUUGAAAUAAAUGGUACAGUUCAUGAAUUCAUUGCAGGAGAUACUUCACAUCCUCGGAUCACGGAGAUUUAUCUAUUGUUGAAUGACAUGAAUGAAGGAUUAGUGUUGGCAGGAUAUACAAGGGACAUGAGACAUUUGUUUUUUGAUAUUGAUGUGUAG